AAAAAAAAAAAACAAAACAAUUGUGUAUUCCAGUUAUUUGAACAAUUAAAGUUAUCCAGAAACAAAAAUGUCACUUAUUCCAUUGUUGGCUGAUGUUGUUAGCGAAAUCGAUGCCUACCGAGGACAUCGCGAUUUGGGUGAUGAUUUCGGAUUUGGAAUAUACCCAUGCGAUAUAUACCGUCCAAGAAUAGCUUCGUUGCAACUUAGUCCAAUCCGACGCUUCUCACCAUACCAGAGAUCCCUUCAAUCGGUUCGAGGAAAGGGCGUCAACGGCAAGCUUAAUGCCAAAGAAAAUUACACAGUUGGAAAAGAUGGAUUCCAAGUGUGCAUGGAUGUGAGCCAAUUCAAGCCAAAUGAAUUAACAGUGAAGACAGUUGGUAACAACGUUGUUGUGGAAGGUAAACACGAGGAGCGUGAAGAUGACCAUGGCUUCAUAAGUCGUCAGUUUGUACGUAAAUAUACGCUGCCAAAAGGGUAUGAUGCCAAGGAUGUCAUCUCUACGGUCUCAACCGAUGGUGUGCUAACAGUCAAAGCUCCACCACCACCAAAGGCAUUGAAGAGCAACGAAAGAAUUGUGCAGAUUCAACAAACCGGUCCUGCACAUUUGAGUGUAAAGGGCAACGAGGAAGAAGGCACAGAACAAGUUCAAAAUAAUCAUAGCGGAAAAACUGCUGAUAAAAUGGAACAAUCUUAAAAGAUAGAAAUAUCCUAUAAAGUUAGUUUAAGUAUUUUUGUAUUAAUUCUUUGUUUUGAAAACAAGUUUCUAAACUCAUGUUACUGUGUAACUGUUUAUCUUAAAUUUUGUAUGCAUUUUUGAUCUACAUUAAUAAAAAAUAACAAAAACAAUAAAAGCUCGAUUUGUUUUAUU